UAUCUUGUCAUAUUAAUAAUAGCUCCCACUGUCAGUAUUGCAGAACCUAGUAAUGGCAGUUUGGGUAACAACAUUUGGGUCGCACAUACCAGAAGGAGCAAUGAGAGGUGGAUUUGAGGCUGAUGGUCGACCUCUCUUUAUCGCUCGGGCACAGAUUGAAGGAAUCAUGACGCCCGGAAAAUGUGGAUUUCACCUUCCUGGAGCGCUGUUCCCAUUCGGCAUGACAGAACAAUCUUCCUAUAUGUACGAGGUGCUGGUCCAUCCAACAAGAAGUCGCGAUUUUUUCGACUGGCAGAGGGCUUCCGAAGGCAAGGUGCCGCCAAAUGCUUACAAGACGGACAAAGACACGUAUAUUGGUAGAGCUUUCUACCAAGGAAAUCUAUUGCCAGGGAAAAUUGCCACGGGACAUCCUCACUGGUGUGCAUACAUUGGUUAUAGAGGGAAUGAAAUUAGUACGAAGGAUUAUGAGGUUCUUUGUCAGUUAAAAUAAAACUGUGCGAAAA